GCAGCUGAGAAUGGAGCAACGGGUGUUGAGCUGGAUCUUGAAUUUACUGCAGAUGGUGUUCCCAUUCUCAUGCAUGAUGAAACAGUAGAAAGGACAACUGAUGGAUCUGGAAGAUUGUGUGACUUGACUUUUGAUCAAAUUAGGAGGCUUAAUCCAUCUGCAAAACACAAGCUACGGAACAAAUUCCAGGGUGAAAAGGUACCAACUCUGAGAGAAGCUGUUGUGGAGUCUAUGCAUCACAAUCUUACAAUCUACUUCGAUGUCAAAGGCCAUGCAAAUCAGGCGGUUGGUGCCCUAAAGCAACUCUACCUGGAAUUCCCGCAUUUGUAUAACAACAGCGUGGUCUGUUCUUUCAUGCCAGAUGUUGUUUAUAAGAUGAGACAAGCUGACAGAAACGUUGUAACAGCACUAACACACAGGCCUUGGCAUCUGAGUCAUCUUGGAGAUGGGACACCCCGUUUCACUUCCUUCUGGAAACAUUAUUUGUAUAUGACGAUGGAUGUCAUUCUAGAUUGGAGCCUACACAGUUUCUUGUGGCGAUUGUGUGGGGUUUCAGCUUUCCUCAUACAGAAAAACUUUGUUUCUCAAGAGUAUGUGAGGCAUUGGUCUUCAAAAGGAAUUCAAGUGGUUGCCUGGACAGUGAACACAUUUGCUGAAAAAAGCUACUACGAAACCGUCCUUGAAUGUAGCUACAUCACUGACAGCUUGGUGGAAGACUGUGAUCCUCAUUACUAGACUUGUGCUUUGCAGACACUCACGAACCUAAAUAAGCUAUCUUACUCGGGCAGGUCUGAAUUCCCCAUCUAGA